AUGAAGAAAAACAAUAGAAACUGGAAGAUUUUAGAAUCGUUGAAACGAAGAGAACCAUCUCAGGUUCGCGACGAAUUCCAUCAGAUUUUUGAACAGGAACCAACUCAUUCAAUCGAAACCAUUUGCAAUGCUGCCGUUGAAGAAAUCAACAAUUGCUUAAGCCCUUGUCCUCAACCAUCCUUUAGUAGAUUAACGACAACAUUAGAAAAUGAUUCUCUCUCUGUUUUUGACGAGCUUGGACCGUCACCCACAAAAUUAUUGACAUUGGAAAAUGUGUCACUUAUUGAUUUAAAUGAUGAUUUGUAUUUAUCACAUUCGAGCAAUGGUGGCGAGCCUGCGCCAGAUGAAUGUAUAUUGUCAUCAAGUGAUUUUUCAAUUUCAGAAACAAGAAAUAAUGUUCAAAUAAAUGACAUUAUGACCCAAAACAUUCCUCAUUCUAGUAAUACUCUUGAUACAAACAUAGAAACGAAUACUACCGAUAUUGCUGGGGUUCAGUCUGUCAUACCUGGUCUUCAAAAUCGGAAACGCCAGCGCCGAGGUCAGGCGGAGCCCGAGAAAUAG